AAACUCUCAAAUAAAACCAACUACACCAUCUAUAAGAGAAGCUGUAACUAGCAUCCUUUGAACCGGUUCGAGCUCAUCUUCUCAAGCGUGCGCUUCCUUUGCUCUGAGAGCUAAUCCAAUAUGACAGACGCAACGAAUAUCGAAGAGAGAAAGAUAGUAGUCGCAGUAGACGAGGGCGAGGAGAGCAUCUAUGCCCUCCAGUCGUAUCUUCGCAAUUUUACCUCCAACAACGCUCGCCACACGUUCGUACUCCUCUACGUACGGCCUCAGCUCCCGGUGUAUAACAUGUAUGGUUCAGGAUCAUUGUUUUCUGAUGCAGAAAUUGAAUCCUUAGACAAAUACAGCAGACACUUAGCGGGUUCAGUCUUGGGAAGGGCUGUGGACAUCUGCCGAGGCUACAGCAAUAUUGAAGUUGAAGCGAAAGCCUAUGAUGGGGACGCAAGAGAGGUGAUUUGUAAAAUGGUUGAGAACCUCGGGGCUCAUGUUCUGGUCAUGGGAAGCCACGGCUAUGGCAUCAUUAAAAGGGCUCUCAUCGGAAGCGUGAGUGAUUACUGUGCUCGAAAUGCAAAGUGCCCGGUUGUGAUCAUAAAGCGUCCCAUGAAGUGAGAGCGCAAGUUGUGGCCUUAAAGCAUGUAUUAUAUGUCCAUAUGCAAUGUCAAUAGUAGUUUAAGGAGUGGUUCUGUAGGCUGGUUGACAUGAUGAAGAUAAUAUCGAAUGCAGCUAUCGUAACAACGCUCACCUGCGUAAUAUCAAGCGCAAACAGCAGACAUACAACUAAUAUGCUUGUCAGCUUAAAUCACUUCAAGCGCUACUCAGGUUUCUAAGUCAUGAAAUAAUAUUAUCUCCAGUAGUAGUGAAUACCUAAAAAAUGCUGCCAACAGAAUGAUUCGAGAGCUCUUAACGAGGAGACAACCGAAGAAGAGACAUUCGCAUCACAUGUACGGGCAGAUACAAUGAUUUGAACCAAAAUGUGCAGCCUUAAAAUGGUUAGAUACCAAAGUCAAGGAGCAUGCACCUGCAAACCAAAAACUGAGCAAGCAAAAGCAAUAGUAAUUCAAUUAACUCCUGACUGUUCUAAUUGCCCAGUAAAUUCAAACAGACACUAAUCAAUACAAACUUCAAAUUCAGAUUCUACAAUCUAUGACACAUUUCAAAUACAUUUAAAAAAAAAGGUUUGGAGGAGUUGGAACAAGUGUUUUUUCGGUUUGAGGAGGGAACUCCACCAUAAUCCUUCAGACCAGAUCAUGGGCAAUGUUAC